GGGACUUGCUACAUGUUAUUCCUCAUCUCCAGCUCUGAUAGGCUUGGUGACCCGGUGUGCACAGCGCUACCAAUGGCUCCUCCAAACUUUUCUGGCACCUGGACCAUGGUCAGCAAUGAGAACUUUGACCGCUACAUGGUAGCACUGGGUAUAGACAUUGUCACCAGGAACUUGGCCAAAUUUGUUAAGCCUCAGAAGGUCAUAGAACAAGAUGGAGACUCCUUCAUCAUCCGGACACUCAGCAGCGUGCGCAGUUAUCGGGUCCAGUUUACCCUGGGACAGGAAUUCGAUGAAGACACCAAAGGCCUGGAUAACCGAAAAUGCAAGACUCUGGUCACUUGGGACAAUGGACGACUUGUCUGCGUUCAGAAAGGAGAGAAGAAGAAUCGGGGUUGGGUCCACUGGCUGGAAGGAGAUGAUCUGCAUCUGGUAUGUACAUGCUGCCUUCUA